AUGUCCCGCGCCCUCAACCCUGCCGCCCAGCCGUUCGUCUGCGCCGCGCCGGCGCCCUCGCCCUCGCCCCCGUCCCUCGCCGACCUCUCGCUCGCGGACCCGCGCGCCGCCUCCUGGGCCCGCCUCCCCGUCAAGGUCAAGGAGCGCAUCGUGCACCAUGUCCUCGCCAUUAUCGACGAGGAGGAGGCCCCACAGGGCGACUACUCGAUGUUGCCCGUCACCGUCGGCUUCUUCGCUCGCAAGGAGAUCUCGGACAAGGAGCAAAUGAUGAGCGCUGCAUCCCAGGGCUACCAGCUCAAGUGCCUCGAGUCGCUCAACCGCGAGAUGCGCAACAUCUGCUCCUCCUGGUUGUGGCGGGCCCUCCCGUUCGCCCAUUUCGACAAGGCCGCCCUCGAGCGCCUCGAGGAGGUGCUUCCGCCGCACGCCUCGCACGUCCGCAUCGUGUCCUUCGGCGGCGUCACGAUGAAGCCCUGCUGCGGCUCCCCGCUCUACAACCCGGACGCGCGAGCUCGCGACAGGGUCGCGUCGCGCGUCUUCCGCAUGUGCGACAACGUCGAGGAGGUCGCCAUGACCGAGCUCCGCCAGCAGCCCGACAGCGUCUUCCAGCUCGAGCACCUGCGCAUCGCGACGGUCGCCACGUCGUCGUACGGCGCUCGCGACUUUGCGUUCCUCCAGCGUCAGCCGCACCUCGAGUCGCUGUUCGUCCACAGCAAGGCGCCGCCGCUCGCCUCGGACUCGAUCAAGCUCGCCGAGAGCCUGUCGCGGUUCGCGCACCUCAAGAACCUGCGCAUCAAGGGCACGAGGCUCGUCAGCACGGCGUUCCUCGAGCGCGCCAUCGCCAUCCCGUCACCGCUCGAGGGCAUCGAGCUCGUGAGCGCCGAGGCCGACAUCUCGUUCGACGCACUCGCCGCCUUCCUCGUCCACUUCUCGUCGACGCUCGUCUCGCUCGACCUCAACCUCGGCAACUGGGCCUCGUCGGACCUGUGGCCCGUCGACGACGGCACGAGCCUCGAGCUGCCGCACCUGAAGACGCUCGGCGUCGGGACCGAUUUCGAGUCGGCGUUCUUCUUCCGCCUCCUGUCGCCGACCAUGCCCCUGUCCUUCUUUCGCCUCGACUUCUUCCCGUCGAUCGCGGACGACCCGAUCGCCCUCCUCGCCUUCCUGCGCGCGCAUGCCGCGACGCUCGAGCGCGUCUUCAUCAGCCUCGAGGCGAUCCAGGGCACGGACCACUGGGGCGAGUGCCACCACGGCGUCGAGCUCACUCGCGAGGCCCACGACGACAUCCGGUUCGAGUGCGAGGAGCUCGGCGUCGACUGCAUGGUCGGCUUUGACGAGCGCACCUACGGCGGCAGCGCGGCCGAGCCCGUGUGGGAUGGCGACGAGCGUCCCGACUCGCGCGGCUCGGGCGCCGAGGACGGGCUGGACGCCGAGACCGCGUCCCUGCGGGAGAAGCUCCGGUACCUCAUGCGCGUGGCGGCGGCCGAGGGGCCGGAAUCGCUCGAGCAUGUGAAGCGCAGGCUCGAGCGGACGGGUCGCGUCGUCUUUGUCGAGAACGAGAGGUUCGAGCGCGAGCGCUUCGUCCUUGAGGACGGGCGCGAUGCCGAGACGGUCGCCGAGCAGCGCAGAGCCUUCGUCGCGGCCCUCGCCAAGAGCAAGACCCUCGAGGAGCUCGCCCUCGGCACGAGCAACGUCGUCGACGACGACGACCUCGCCGCCGUCGCGUUCUCGGGCCCGCUCAAGCACCUUUCCUUCCGCGACGCGCCCGCCUUCAAGACCUUCCUCGGCAACUUCUCGACAACGCUCGAGUCGCUCGAGCUCGACGGCGCUCCCGCCACGGCGCCCGAGGACGAGUCGCACGUCGAGCCGGUCGACCUUCCCAAACUCGUCGCCCUCGAGAUCGCCACGCCGCUCACCGCGACGGUCUUCCGGCUCUUCGCCAAUGCGCCGCUGCGCGAGAUCUCGAUCGGCGAGUCGCCGCAGAUCACCGUCAAGGACCUCGUCGGCUUCCUCGAGGCGCACAAGGACACGCUCGCGAGCGUCGAUCUCGAGGAGGGAGCGGUCGCGGCAGACGACGAGGGCGAGGACGGCGAGGGCCAGGGGCCCGAGGAGCUCGUUGCGGCGUGGUGCGAGGAGCAUGGCGUCGAGUUUGCCGUCAUCGAGGCGGACGACUCGCUCGCGAGCGACAGCGAGGACGGGGACGGGGACGUCGCUCGGGCGUAG